UCCCCCGGCCCGGGGACACAGGUCCGGGGAGGUGACGUCUCCGGGCUGCGCGCGUCGGUGGAAAGUGGUGGGGCCGGGAUCCCGGGUAGAGAAGGCCCCAGGAAGGGGUCAGCCUCGGGGACCCCUAGGUCCCAGACAGCGCGCUCGGGGCGGGGGUCCUGGGACGGGGGGCGUGAGCCGCGGGGCCGCCGCCAGGGCGCUGGGAGGGGGCGCCCGCCGUGAGCCGCGGCCUCCGCACGCGCCGUCCCGAGCCGCAGCGGCGCUCCUCGCUCUGCCCGCGCCUCCGAGCCGCAGCAGCGCUGCGUGCGUAAGUUGGGGGUCGCCGCCGUCCCGCACAGACCCCAAGUCACCGCCGCGGGCCAUGGAGGUGGCGCCAGAGCAGCCGCGCUGGAUGGCGCACCCUGCGGUGCUGAACGCGCAGCACCCCGACUCCCACCACCCGGGCCUGGCGCACAACUAUAUGGAGCCGGCGCAGCUGCUGCCCCCUGACGAGGUGGACGUCUUCUUCAACCACCUGGACUCGCAGGGCAACCCCUACUAUGCCAACCCGGCGCACGCGCGGGCGCGCGUCUCCUACAGCCCCGCGCACGCCCGCCUGACCGGAGGGCAGAUGUGCCGGCCACACUUGUUGCACAGCCCUGGCCUGCCCUGGCUGGACGGGGGCAAGGCGGCCCUCUCGGCCGCCGCUGCGCACCAUCACAACCCCUGGACCGUGAGCCCCUUCUCCAAGACGCCACUGCACCCCUCCGCUGCUGGGGGCCCGGGCGGGCCGCUGUCCGUGUACCCGGGGGCUGCAGGCGGGAGUGGCGGAGGAAGCGCCAGCUCCGUGGCCUCCCUCACCCCCUCGGCGGCCCACUCUGGCUCUCACCUCUUCGGCUUCCCACCCACACCACCCAAAGAAGUGUCACCCGACCCCAGCACCACGGGGGCCGCCUCCCCGGCCUCGUCUUCUGCGGGGGGUAGUGCAGCCAGAGGAGAGGACAAGGACGGUGUCAAGUACCAGGUGUCGCUGACCGAGAGCAUGAAGCUGGAAGGCGGCAGUCCCCUGCGCCCAGGCCUGGCCUCCAUGGGCACUCAGCCUGCCACCCACCACCCCAUCCCUACCUACCCCUCCUACGUGCCCGCUGCUGCCCACGACUACAGCAGCGGACUCUUCCACCCAGGGGGCUUCCUGGGUGGCCCGGCCUCCAGCUUCACCCCAAAACAGCGCAGCAAGACCCGUUCCUGCUCAGAAGGCCGAGAGUGUGUCAACUGCGGGGCCACGGCCACCCCUCUCUGGCGGCGGGACGGCACCGGCCACUACCUGUGCAACGCCUGCGGACUCUACCACAAGAUGAACGGGCAGAACCGGCCGCUCAUCAAGCCCAAGCGGAGGCUGUCGGCAGCCAGGAGAGCGGGCACCUGCUGUGCAAAUUGUCAGACGACAACCACCACCUUAUGGCGCCGCAACGCCAACGGGGACCCUGUCUGCAACGCCUGUGGCCUCUACUACAAGCUGCACAAUGUUAACAGGCCCCUGACCAUGAAGAAGGAAGGCAUCCAGACCCGGAACAGGAAGAUGUCCAACAAGUCCAAGAAGAGCAAGAAAGGGGCUGAGUGUUUCGAGGAGCUGUCCAAGUGCAUGCAGGAGAAGUCGUCCCCCUUCAGCGCGGCCACCUUGGCUGGACACAUGGCUCCUGUGGGCCACCUCCCGCCUUUCAGCCACUCGGGACACAUCCUGCCCACGCCAACACCCAUCCAUCCCUCCUCCAGCCUCUCCUUUGGCCACCCCCACCCGUCCAGCAUGGUGACUGCCAUGGGCUAGGGACAGUGCCCUGCUGCACAGAUAGAUGUCCAGGAGGGGCGCGCUGUCAGGACGGGUGGGCCAGGCCCCGUGUAGCCACCCUUCCCUGGAGACUGACGCCACUCCUGCGCGCCUGGCCAGAGCCGACGCCUCCACGGCCCCACAGCAGCCGCGGCAGCCACCGCCUGCCGGCCUUUACUGUGAAUACUCUCAGCCCGGCCCGAGGCUGCCCCCGUGCCCUGCCCGGGUGGGGUCCCUUCGUGGACAAUCGUCUGCAGAGUGAACAGGGACAACUGCAUGGCAGAACAUGGAAGGGUCAGGGGAAAGACAAAUACAACCAUUUUUUGAAGGAAAAAGAAGUAGACAAAGAUAAUUUAUUUUGCUCUUGUUUCUAACAGGGACUCGGACACUGGGAGGUCUGGGCUCUUCCCGGGCCCCCCACCGCAGGGCUGUGGGGGGGCAGGUCUGCGGAGACCUCCUCGUGCCCCAGCUUCCCGCUCUGAAAUCACGCAGCUCCAGGUUGGGCCGCGCGGAGGCCGGGAGGCCGGCGGCUAGCUGGGGCCGGGAGCCCGUGCGGCCUGGUGGCAAGGCCCUGGAGGGCAGAGACAAUCGCGGGCGGUCCUGCGCAGAUUCCCAGGCCAGGGCUGGGUCACAGGAAGGAAACAACAUUUUCUUGAAAGGGGAAACGUCUCCCAGGUCGCUCCCCGGGCUUUGAGGCUGAAGCCGGUGUGACUUGUGUGCCCUGCACGGGCCAGAGCCACAGCCUGAAUUCUGUGCCGGGUGGGCCCCUGUAAAUACAGCCUUUUUCUGCUCCCCCCUCGACCUCUUCCCUCCCACUCCGAGACAAACAAGAAAAUACUCGAAACAAAACUGUAUAAGCUUCACUUGUUGAUGAGUUCGUUAUUUUUAUUUUUAAACUCUUUCCGGGUCCAGUCAAUUGUACGUUGCCGCAGAAGCCCUACUAUGGGAAAGAAUAAAUCCAAUAAACCAAGGUUGGCGCUUUGCGAUUCUCUUUGGAAGUAUUCUUGGAUCUCACAGCCCUAGCAGGGGUGGGAUGGGGCUGGCUGCUCUUGGUUUCCAGGACCCAGCGGGCUGGUGGGUGGCAGCAGGAUUGGGGUGUCAGUGCCGGGACGGAGGGGGCGUCCUGCUGGGGUCCCAGGAUUCUGUUCUGCUGUGGUUGUCUGGAUCCUUCCAAGGUACAGCUGUACAUAAAUGUGUCCCAAGUUAGAUUCUGUAUGCAGUGGUGGUGGGGUGCAGUGGCCAGCGAGGGGUCCCCCAGCCCUGAAGACGAUUGUGCUGAUUUAGUUGACCAAGUGCAAUAGGGGCCUGCCGAUCGCUGCGAGGAGCACCACAGCCGGAAGUAACUUAUUUUAUACUAGUAUCAGCAUAAGAAAAAGAAUCAGCAGUAUUUUCUGUUUUGAUGUUUUAUUUGGCUUGUUUUAUUUUUGAUUAGUGAACUAAGUUAUUGUUAAUUAUGUACAACAUUUAUAUAUUGUCUGUAAAAAUUGUAUGCUAUCCUCCUAUUCCUUUAAAGUGAAUACUGUUAAGAAUAAUAAAAUACUUUUUGUGAAUGUU